CAAAUAAAUAUACAAAUAAAUGAUCCAUUAUUUACAGAUAUUUUCAAACAUUAAAAUUUUUACUCAUUUCAUAUCUGUCGAUAAAGAUUAUCUAUUCUUCACAAAUACAAUGAAUCUUUUAUGAAUGCUCGAGUUAAUGUAGGCAUCAUAAGGAGACAUUAAUUACGGGUUAAAAAGCUUUUCCAUUAUCCACGAUACGUUUAAAGACUCGUUUAUUUGCGCUCUCUCUCUCUCUCUCUCUCUCUCUCUCUCUCUCUCUCUCUCUCUCAUUCCCUUUCUUUCUCUUCCUGACCAAUUUCGUAUCGAUUGCAGCAUGGAGUUUGUAGCUGUACCCCUUUAAAGUACACGCACAUCGAUUUAUACGGACAUCUACCUCUGCCUCAUUGCAUCCCGUACAGCGGCAAUCCUGUUUUAGCUAUGUCCUACUGCUAUCUGAUCCAAGGAAAAUGUCUGACACUGCGAAAUGAUCUUCCUUACGAAAUGCAGUACGUUUGCGAACUCGACUGCAAGCCCAUCUGUAUAUCGCCCUGCCCGCCCUGCCCGCCCUGCAAAGUUUCCUGUGAUCCCCAUGGAAUGCCUUGUCCACCGAUAGUUAAAUGUCCCACUUAUUCAGAUACCAAGUCCUGCGAUCAUCAAGCACAAUGCUAUUCACCUGCCCAACUUGCAUCGCUGUGUCAACCCUGUUCACCUAAUUCAGAAACGAUGUACCAGGGAGCAAUGUGUCAACCACAAAUGUCCAAAGAAACGAAUUGAACCCGCGUGCCUGACAAUACGUCAAGCUACGAGAUAUUCAUGUGAUAUGAAGAUUUAUGAGAACCAUUUCUGUAUGGCAAGCCGUUAAUCUCGCCAUCGAUCCAAGUCAGUUUUAUUACAGUUUUAUUUAUUUUGUAGCACUAUAUUUUUUUAUAUAAUGUAUACAUUUGAGAAUAAAAAAUAUAUUGCGCAUAAAAA